GCCGUGAUCAGCAGCUCCCUUCCCGUAACCCCUCCCUCAGAACCGUCUGCUAGUGGCUCCACAGCUGCCGCAUCACUCUUGCUUACAUCCUACCUGGUGCUCGGCUUCACCUCUUGCAUACUGGCCGGUGUCGGAUUUCGUCCUGUGCUGAGGUUGCUCCGUGGCAGACGGAAUCAAACCGAGCUUCUACGAAUCACUCGAGCCAAACGCUGGCAGGCAGCCAACGCUAAUGGCUCCAUCGGACUCGGAAGGGUAGCAUCUGCCGCCCAUCAGAAUCAGAUCGGCGAUUUGGUCGCCUGCGAGAAUGGAUUUAUAGGGCUUUCUGGCCCCUUUGCUGGUGCUCAUUUGGACGAAAUCGGCCUGGCCUUCACUCCGAGCUCGGCGGCUGCUGGUUUGUGCCCCGGCGGCUUGGUAGCGGCAGCGGAGGCGGCGGAAGGACUGUUUGAGAAGACCACCUCGGUGACGACGACGGCCACAUCGACGGCAUCAGCACUGGCCGCCGCGCUGGCAUCUAAUCCACACGAGCUGAAACGCCAACUCAUGUUGGAGGCGACCACCGGAUGCUCACCUUCGUUCGGAAGUAAGCUCCCCAUAAAUCUAUCUAUUCUUUCAUCUUAA